AUGACUCAUAAACCAGCAGGUAAACCAGUAUCUGAAUGGAAAAUGGACCAGUUAGAUGUUAUAAUAUCUCCGAAAAAUAAAACAGUAGCAGUAAACUCAAAUCAAAGCGUUGACCUCUACGUUAAGCCUCAGACAUUGAUUUUAGCAAUGACUGGUUUUAGCCAUCAAACAUUUGUCUGUCAUCAGGGUUAUGAUUUUCAAUUCCAGCCUCAAGAUGGUUCCAUACGUAUAAAUAAUAUAAAAUUACAGCCAUUCGAUGUAACUAACGGCCAAUUUAGUUAUAAAGUAUUCUACUGUCCAUCCAAAGAUAAGCAUCAAGACAGACGAUUCCAUCAAAGUAUAGCUCCAUUAAUUGUUGGAGGUGUUCUAGCCAUCAUUACUGUUAUAGUUUUAAUCGUUUAUGUUAUUGUACUACUUGUUGCUAGAUACCGUGAUAAGGAUCACUAUCAAACAGUUACGGAUUUGCAACACUAA